UUUGUGUCGCUUCUGAUUCUUAUCGCCGACCGAACCGCUUUGUGUGUAUUUACGCUGAAAUUAAACAUUCUUCAUCUCCAAACUAAUAUCCUCUUUUUUAUGCUUGCGCGGCGCCGGAGUGUGUGUGUGUGUGUGUGAACAAAAGUCUGCAGAAACAUUCAUUUCUGUGUUAUUGAGCACCGACGGCUUCAAUAACAUCGCAUUAUAAAAGCUGUCUGUGUGUUGGAGCUCUGAAACACGAACAUGACGACAGACCCUUCGUUACUGUUAAUGAGCGCGCGUGACGUCACGGGGCGCUCCACGUGUCGCUUGUUUACAGUGAGUCUGAGGAGCAGAGAUUGUGAAACUGUUCCUGGAUUGAGUUUCACUGCUGCUCUUCAUAUUUAGAUCUUCAUCAGAGUCAGUGAGAAUCACCAGCACACGAUAUUAGACAGAAGAAUGUUCCAGAUGGUUCAGUUCUUAGUUCCCUCGGGGCCCAAGAGACCCAGUAACAUCAGCCUAUCUCCCCCGACCGGACAGAACCGGACUCAGACCGCUUCCAAUGAGUUUCUACAACACGUCCGGAGAGUCAGCGGUCUGAAACAGCAGGACGUGUUUUAUAACCUGCGUGUCCCAGACCAGUGUCAGAGCGACAGAGACGAGAUCAACCUGCUGCUGCUCACAGGUCACGGAGUGUUCUGCAUCGAUCUGAAGACGUGGAGCGGCUCGGUCUCGGUUGCGAGCGAGGCUCAGGUCAGAGCGCAGCAGCAGAACUUCCCCAGCGUCUCCAUCGAGCAGCUGCCCGACGCUCUCCAGGCCAUUACAGUGAAAACCAGCAACCUGCACAGUCACAUGAAGCGCUGUGGGCUGAACCUCCGGCCCAAUCUCUUCAUUCCCAGAGUGCUGUUCCUGUCUGCAGACUGUGUGCUGAGCGAGGAUCUGCUGCAGACGGAGCAGCUGCUGUCCUGCGCAGACGUGGAGCCGUUCCUGCGCUCGCUGCGUGAGGGAUACGUGUCCUGGCUCUCCGACGCCUUCACGCCGUCCUGGAUCUCAGGUCACCUGUCGUACGGUCAGAUGCGGGCGGUGCGGGAGCGGCUGGAGCUCUUGGGCACCUGGGACGUGCUGCAGAUGAGCAGCGGUCAGGAGCUCGCUGGGGACUUCCAGGGCUGCCAGCAUCUCGCUCUCAACCGACAGGAAACAGAGCUGCUGGAGUUCAGCAGAACAGGAAGUGUGAUCACAGACACGCUGUGGAGCCUGCUGGGACACACGCCGCAGGUCACCGUCUCCAUGUUUAAGCGAGGAGCGCAGGGGUGGCUGGGUAAACCGCUGAUCGCCACGGCAACCAUCCCCUCCAGCACACGCGUGAUCUUCCGCAUCCGAGGAGAAGCGACGGACGCCAGGAUCCCGGCCGGAAGCAUCCGCUCCGUCACUCUGAGCAUCUGAAGCCUUCUUCACUCCGCAAUCAUUCAUUCCAUGCGUCUCAUCGCUACAGACACGACUCAUGUCUUUAUCACACGAAUGAACAAGAGUUUAAAUAUUACAAAUGUGCUUUAUAUCUUUUUAAUGACGGAAAAUGAUUUAGUGUAGCUUUAAUAUUUGAUAAUUGCUGAGAAAUGUUUUCUUUUCUAAUCAAACAUCAGACUGUAUCUUGAGCAGGUUGUGUUUGAUCCGAGUCCAGCUUCUGUGUUUCAUACUCUUGACCUUUCUAGUAAAUCUUCAGGUCAUUUAUAAAAUGUUACUAAUGUGACUCUGAACAUAGAAAAGGUCCUAGUUGGUAUCGUCAUACUGAUUAUGAACAUUUCUUGGCCUUGUUAGUGAGGAUGUUCAGAUGAUGAAGAUAUUUUGAUCUGUUAAAGCCCCAGUAAUAUUUUUCUAAUCUCCAUUCUGUUAGUUAAUUUGAAAUAAUUGAUAUUUCAUGCAAUAAAAUACUUAUUUCUGUCUCAAACAAAUCAUCUGGGUUUUUUGGGGGAAUGAGACAGAAAGAGAUUUCUCCGAAUAAAUGAUUAAGUUAAGUGACCUCUGCUGACCCAAGGUGUCUGACCCUCACCUGCUCUUGGUCACUGGGGCAGAGGUCAGAGUUCCUCAGGGACAGAUGUAAAUGAUGUUUAAUAAGGC